CCCGCCGACCCCACGCAGACAUCACCACAGCGGGGUACCUGCGUAUCUGACUGCAAGAAAGCAGUACGGACCAUGUCCUCCGCACAUCUCGCGAUGCUUGUAUAUAAAUGGAUCACUCGCCGUCAACCCAUUGAAGUCGAUUUCCCCAAACACUAACCACAAUGACGUCUGAGCCCUUCACCCUCCGCUGGGGCAUCCUAGCAACCGGCGGAAUCGCAACAACCUUCGCCAAAGACCUCCUCGUCCCCCCCUCAACCCGCGCCGUGCACGACAUCCACCACACCAUAACCGCCGCCGCAUCCUCCUCCUCCCUCGCGCGCGCCACCACCUUCCUCCACUCCCUCGGCGUCCCCGCCGCAACCCCGCACGCCUCCUACGCCGCCCUCGUCCGCGAUGAAAAUGUCGAUAUCAUAUACAUCGCCACCCCGCACUCGCACCACUACGCGCACGCGCUGCUGGCGCUGCACGCGGGCAAGCACGUGCUGGUCGAGAAACCGGUGUGCGUUACCGCGGCACAGGCGCGGCGUCUCUAUGCGCUGGCGAAAGAGAAGCAGCGGUUUGUCAUGGAGGCCGUGUGGACGCGGUUCUUCCCUUUGUUCCGCGAGAUCCAGGGGUUUGUGAGGGAGGGCCGGCUCGGGACCGUGAAGCGCGUGCACGCGGACCUGUCGUUCUGGAACGGCGUGGCGUCGGAGUUCGGCACCGAACACCGCAUGGUGAACACGCAGUUAGCGGGCGGCGCGCUGCUGGAUCUCGGGCUGUACAGUCUGACGUGGGUGUUUGGCGUGCUGUGGCACCUGCAAGCCCAGGACGCUGCGGAGCGGGAAGCGCCGCGCGUCAAGGCCGCGAUGAGUUUGUACUCGGCGACCGGGUGCGACGAGAUGACGGCCGUGCUUUUGGAGUUCCGCGAUGCGUGGGUUGGGGGGCGCGAGACGGCGGCGGAGGGCGGGAAUGGGGAUGCGCAUGCAGUUGCGCUGACGAAUAUACGUGUCUCGAAUGAGCCGAAUCUAGAGCAUCCGGGGCCCGAUCCCGUGCGCAUCCAGGGCACGCUGGGGGAUAUCAGUGUCGCGGCGCCGUCGUACAGGCCGUUGGCGUACACGCUGACUCCGGCGAAGAGCGAGCGCAGGGGGCGUCCUGCGGACUUUGAGUACGAGCGCAAGACGUUUGAGAUCCCGGGCGGCCAUGGCAUGUUUUGGGAGGCGGAUGAGUGUGCGCGGUGUAUUCGGGAUGGGAAGCUGGAGAGUGAGGUUAUAGGAUGGGAGGAGAGCAUUCAGAUUAUGGAGGUCAUGGACGAGGUGCGGCGGCAGGGCGAGUUGAAGUAUCCAGAGGCGAUUGAGAGCGUGGAGUAUCCGCUUGAGGGAUUCGGGCUGUGAGAAGCACGUAGCAAUGCAUUUAUGGAGAUGGAGAUUGUGAGAUACUUUUAUUUAUUGUGAAGUUGAUCUAUAUUAUGGGCUUUGCUGGAAGAUUGGCUGGAGUACCAGACUCUC